CUUAUUUGUUUAGUAUUCGAAUAAAUAUGAUAAGAAUAGCAAUAUGUAUUGUCUUGUUAACUUAACUGAAUAGUAACUUUGUGCGCUAUAAAUCAUUAUUUGCUUUGUGUCUUCUCUACAUUAUGGAAAAUGGUGGCAAUCCAGGAAUUAGUUCCACAUCUAGAAGUUAUCAAAUGCCAUCAUUUGCAGAUUGCCUUCCUCCAGUUGUUGAUUACAUACAUUCUAUUAAAGCCGACUCUAUUUCUACACAAUGCUCAGAAAUUAUUGAUCACUUCAGCAUGGAGGUAGCUCAAGUCAUUGCUCCUAAAACUGUUGUAAAGGUAAUUGAGGAUUUAAGUCACCAGAUCUGUAAAUAUCACUCUUUAGCUGUGACGAUAGGAACAAAUGUUGAUGGAGAAUCUCUAAGAUUAGAAUUGCUUGAAAGGCAGCAGAAAGCCUGUGAUACAGUUGUUUCUACAGCAACGCAAUUAGCUGAUGCCUUUAGGAGAGCAGAGAAUAUACCUAAAAAAGAAAUAUGUGAUUUGGAGAGAUCAUGUAAAGUUCUAGUAGCUUGUAUUCAUAUGUUAGACCGGGAGCUAAGGAGAACAAUGCAUCUUUAUCACUUAUUUCCUUUAAUUCCUGAUCCAGAUGGCACUCAAGAAUGUCACUACAUCAAAACAGGGUAUACAGAAAAAACUGAAACCAAAGAUAAAAGUGCAUUAGUUUUGUUUCACUGCAACCCAACCGAAAAAUAUUUCCGAGAAAGAGAUAUUUGGCAUGAUUUAGAAAAUGAAAUCCUUAAAGUUCAUGACUUAGAUGUAGAUCUUCAUCGUGAUGAAACCCUGGGUCCAGUUUUAGACUAUUUAACUUUAUGUCCAAUGGGUGAAAUACCAGGUAGUAAAGUUUCUUUGGAUGACACUAGUGACUUACCUGAUGGAUACUGUGAUGAAGAAACACUAUUUAGGAAAAAAAGCAGCCUCAUUUGUUAUAUAUCUGCCAUUUUUGCUGUGGCUUGCAUCGGAGGUGGUGUCUUAAUGGGUGUAAUUUUCAUGAUGGUACAAUAGUUUGUCCUGUUGAGAAACAGAUUUCACUAGGGUUUUCUUCAAGAAAAUAAAUUCAGCAGCCAGACCAUCCGUCCAUUAAUUUUCAUCUUAAGAUUUUUUUUGUUCUAACAUUUGAAAUGAAAUAUUGUUUUUAGGACUUAUUAUUAUGCUUAAGAGAUGUUUCAAAUUAAAGUCAUUUUAUGAUUAG